AACAAUUUUGGUUUAAUUGGGCUUCACUCAAUUUUUAUCUGUGAAGAAUUGAAGAAAUAGAGGGAUCAAAAGUGAAAUAGUUCCCCUUAUUAAACAGAGAUCCGAUAAGGUCACGAAGGAGGACUCUGCUUUGAGCUUCUUCUUGUUUUUCUAAACUCUCACAACAAACAAACGGGUUUUGGAGAGUGAUGGGGUCCCCUCUUGUUCGUGAAUGGGUUGGGUUUCAGCAGUUUCCAGCAGCUACCCAAGAAAAGUUAAUUGAAUUCUUCUCCAAAUUGAAGCAAAAGGACAUGAACUCUUUGACAGUUGUUGUAAUGGGUAAAGGCGGUGUGGGAAAAUCAUCAACUGUCAACUCUCUUAUUGGUGAACAAGUCGUCCGUGUCAGUCCUUUCCAGGCUGAAGGGUUGAGGCCAGUGAUGGUUUCAAGAACAAUGGGAGGAUUCACUAUUAACAUUAUCGACACUCCUGGUCUUGUGGAAGCUGGUUACGUCAAUCACCAAGCCCUCGAGUUAAUCAAAGGGUUUCUUGUGAACAGGACCAUAGAUGUGUUGCUGUAUGUUGAUCGUCUGGAUGUGUAUAGAGUUGAUGAGCUAGACAAGCAAGUUGUUCAAGCUAUCACCCAAACUUUUGGGAAAGAGAUUUGGUGCAAAACCUUGCUUGUUUUGACUCAUGCUCAAUUCUCCCCGCCUGAUGAUCUUUCCUACGAAACUUUUUCCUCCAAGAGAUCGGAUUCUCUCCUCAAAACUAUCCGCGCUGGUUCUAAGAUGCGUAAACAACAGUUUGAGGAUUCUGCAAUUGAGGUUGUAUAUGCGGAGAACAGUGGGAGAUGCAGCAAGAAUGACAAGGACGAAAAGGCUUUACCGAAUGGUGAAGCGUGGAUCCCGAACUUGGUUAAGGCGAUAACCGAUGUAGCUACGAAUCAGAAGAAAGCUAUUCAUGUAGACAAGAAGAUGGUUGAUGGAUCUUACUCUGAUGACAAAGGCAAAAAACUCAUCCCUCUUAUCAUUGCCGCUCAGUGGUUGGUCGUUAAGAUGAUCCAAGGAGCCAUCAGAAAUGACAUCAAGACUAGUGGUAAGCCACUCUAAGAGAGCUCUGAAGACGACAAGUUUUGUUGUGAUCCAACCUUCAAGGAGAUGAGUUUUUUCUUUUAAUCGAAUUUAGUUGCAGCAUUUUCAUCUUUUCCUGCUUUUGUCUUGUCUGUAAUAUUUGGGUAUUUGUUCGAAGAAUAAAAUUGUUUUGAAAAAAAAAACAUUUACAUUUACAUUUUACACAAUUACUUCUCUUUUCUUCUGAAAUGUUAAGUGUUUGUUGUCUU